UAAAAUCCACAGUAAGAUGGGUGAAAGUACUUUCGAUCAGGUCCUAGAAUGCUGGGAUCGCGCGAGAAAAGAAAUGGUGGCUAUUAGAAUUGUUCGGGGCAUGAAGAAGUAUCGUGAUGCUGCAAUGAUUGAGGUUGAAAUGCUUCAACAGCUUGGUAAACACGACAAUGGUGGCAAUCGUUGCGUACAAAUACGGAACUGGUUUGACUAUCGUAAUCAUAUCUGCAUUGUCUUUGAGAAGCUUGGACCAAGCUUAUACGAUUUCCUUCGGAAAAACAAUUACCGUUUAUUUACCAUUGAUCUUGUCCGUGAGAUUGGAAAACAACUGUUGGAUUGUGUUGCAUUUAUGCAUGAUUUGUGUCUUAUCCAUACCGACUUCAAGCCUGAGAAUAUACUUCUCACGUCCUUUGAAUAUGGUAAGGUUCCUGACUACAAGGUUUCUUCGAGGUCACCAAAAGAUGGUUCAUACUAUAAGAGAGUUCCAAAAUCAAGUGCUAUAAAGGUAAUUGACUUUGGUAGCACAACAUAUGAUCAUCUGAAUCAGACUGUUAUGUCAACAUGUCAUUACCGUGCACCUGAAGUUAUUUUAGGUCUUGGAUGGACCUACACUUGUGAUAUAUAGAGUGUUGGGUGUAUUCUUGUGGAACUUUGUUCGGCUGAGGCAUUGUUCCAAACACAUGAGAAUUUAGAAUAUCUAGCUAUGAUGGAGAAGGUGUUGGGCCCACUGCCUCAGCACAUACUGAAAAGAGUAGAGUAAGUUGCAGAUUUAUUGCCUACUUCAACAAUAUCUUGCUUGUUUCAGGAGGUCACAGGUUCAAGCCUUGGAAACAACCUCUGGCAGAAAUGCAAGGUAGCUUAUAAUGUGGGUGGCCAUUGCGUCAAUGCUUAUGUCAUACAGAGCUCCAUAUUAGGGAUACGACCACCCUAUUCUGCACCGAAAUAUUCAGCAGAUUCCAAGAUGCAAAUGCCAAGUUUAGCGAAUCUCUUAACGACGACAUCAGGGGUCUAUUGAACUUAUACGAAGCCUAAGGACUCAUGGAAAGGCUAUUUUGGAAGAGGCACUUGUUUUCUCCACUGCUCAUCUUGAGUCUGCAGCUCCAAAUUUGAAGUCACCUCUGAGUAAGCAAGUGACACAUGCACGUGAGCAAUCACUCCAUAAGAGCAUUCCAAGAGUUGAGACACGCUACUUCAUCUCUAUCUAUGAAGAGGAAGAAUUUAAGAAUGAUAUGCUGCUUCAAUUUGCCAAACUGGACUUCAACUUACUUCUGAUGUUUCACAAAUAAGAACUCAGUGAAAUAUCAAGGUGGUGGAAAGACUUGGAUUUUGUGACAACACUUCCAUAUGCAAGGGAUAGAGCAGUCGAGUGCUACUUUCAGACAGUGGGUGUGUAUGCUAAACCUCAAUACUCCCAGGCUCAAGUCAUGCUUGCUAAGACUAUAGCAAUAAUUUCAAUAGUAGAUGAUUCGAUGGUUAUGGCAUUGUAAAAGAACUUGAGGUCUACACCGAUUCCAUACAGAGGCUGUUUCAAGAUUUGGGAUUUUCUGUGCCUCCAUCAGUUCUUGAGUCUUUGAUGAGGAUCCCCUUCCCAGCACCUUCUGCUCGAAUUAAGAUUAUUUUUUGGCUUUGCCAUUUGGUUUUCAUCAUUGCCAGUUUGACCUUGUUAACAUCUACUAUGUGUGUCAAUAGUAUCAAUAUUUCACAACAAUCCAGCGACUUUGCCAAUAGGUGUUUCAUCGUGAAUGCUCGAGCAAUUGAUCACAACAACAACUACAUUCCCAAUUGUAGAAUUUAUAAAUAUUAUCUCUAGCAAUGUAAGUAGAUAACAAUCACUAUCAUAUGUAAAUGUGAGCAUCCAGUAGUAUGUUAUUUCCAUAAUUGUAUAAAACAUACAUUCGGAAUUAUUUCCAUCAACUGAUCCAAUCAAACGGGAUAGUCCUUUGCUAUUAUAUCUUCAUUUUAUUCUA